CGGACUGACAACUCAUGGGGCCCCCGGGCAAUAGGGGAUCAUGGGGCCCCUGUGUCCUUGCCCAAACUCAAAAAAGCCUAUGAAAAAGGUACCAGGGACAUCUCAUGGGGCCCCCUACUGGUCAGUCUGCCCCUGGGGUAUAUGAGUCUUGUAUAUCAGUCCGCCCCUGGCACUGACACUGUACGAAUGACACUGGGCAGAAAGGGGUUAACAUCUGGGUGAUCAAAGGGUUAACUGUGUGCGGUGUGUGUU